UCCGGAAGCUCUCUUAACGCCGUCCUGUUAUCAGAAGGACCCGAUUGACGAAGUACUUGGUCUUUAUCUUGUCCCGGAAGUAGAGGAUGAUAACCGUAACACUGAAGUUUCUCUAAAAACCUGA